AUGGAAUGGGUCAAACACAAGCUACCACCCUGUGAGGCUAUUCGCAAUGGCGACCAGCCUUGCCAUGAUAUGGACGACCUGUGGGACACCCUUCAUGGCACGUACAACUCGGCCUCUGGUCAUGAGUAUGACGCCUCAGUCUUAGAUGAACUUCCUGACGAGCCAGUCUGCGAGUGGGCUGACUUUUCAGAGCAUGAGUUGUUGAGUGCCCUUAAGGGGUGCUCCAACUCCUCUGCACCAGGACCGGACCAUGUUACUUGGGUCCACCUAAAGGAGCUGCUCAAGGAUAAACAUGUCCUUGCGCUCUUCAUCAUGUUGGCCAAUGCUUGCCUCUGGGUGGGUCAUUGGCCUCGUAUAUUCAAGGAGUCGCUGUCGGUUAUUGUUCCGAAGCCAAACAAGCCCUCCUAUGCUGUACCGAAGGCUUUUAGGCCAAUUGUACUCCUCAUCACUUUUGGUAAACUUAUCGAAAAGAUGAUUGCCAAUAGGAUACAGUUUGACGCUGUCAAGCAUGAUAUCUUCCAUCCCAACCAACUUGGCAGCAUUUGCCAAAGGUCAACUGAGGAUGCUGGAUUGAUUCUGACUCAUCUUGUGCGAGCGGGGUGGGUUAAGGGUCUCCAGACUAGCGCGCUGGCUUUUGACAUCACGCAGUUCUUCCCUUCUAUCAACCAUGAAAUGUUCAUGGCUGUUCUUCGCAAGCAAGGAUUCUCUCUGGUUUUGGUGGAGUUCUUUGCUUCGUAUCUAGUUGUCCACAGACAUGGGUGUCAGGCAGGGCUCUGCUCUCUCACCCAUUAUCUCAGGGCUUUUCAUUGCUCUGGUAAUGAAGCUCUUCUACAUCAAGGCAGCGCUGCUCAAUACGACGCUACUUUCUUUGUGGACAAUGGGACCAUCUUGGCCCAAUCCAAACAACUUGAUGAUAAUAAUGUGGGCCUGCAUAAGGCCUACAAAAUUAUCUACCUUCUCUUUGUUGCCUUCGCACUCGUUCUUGAGCAUGACAAGACCGAGCUGUUUCACUUCUCGCGUCGACGAGACGCCUACAAUCCAUCGCUGGAUUUGGGGUACACCCCGCAUACUGGCGCUACACCUUUGAAGCCCAAGACCUAUUGGAGGUACCUGGGCUUCUACUUUGACCGCAGGCUCACCUUUCAUGAGCAUGUCUGCUACUAUGCCACCAAGGCGUUCACCACCAUACAGGCCAUGAGCAUGCUCAGAAACUCUACCAGAGGUCUCUUGCCUAAACAGCGCCGUCUCCUAUAUCGGUCGUGUGUGGUCCCCAUUGCCACAUACAGCUAUCGUCUCUGGUAUUUUGAUGGUGCCCGCAAUAAGGGCACGAUGAACCAGCUAAAACAGAUGCAGUGGAAAGCUGCUCUAUGGAUCACAGGUGCCUUCCGCACCUCUCCUGCAGGCGGUCUUGAGGCCCUCACUGGUCUCAUCCCCGUCCACCUUAUGCUAAAGAAGCUGGCAACACGUGCAGUGUACCGCGUCGCCACCCUCUCGGACACCCAUCCCCUUCGCUCCAUGAUGGGCAAAGGACUCCUCAAGCAGGUCGCGCCUCAUGCCUGCUCAGCUGCCUUGAUGACCCCAGCUAUGCGGGGGAAAGUCAAGAGCACCAUCAUGGAGGUGGACAAACACAUCCACACCUUAACUGAGAGCUUCAAGCCCUUUGCGCCCGAAGCUCGCCCAGGCGACUGGUUACUGGACCACUAUGCAGACCGUCUCCACUUUGACAAGUGCGACCCUACCCAGGAUAGGCGCCCAUAUCUCGACGAGCUCAUCGCGAAGGCAAGGGCCAACCCACUAACAGUACUGGCUGCAACUGAUGGCUCUGUCCCUCAGUCAAACCAGUAUCAGGCAGCUUCGGCUGCUAUAAUUUACAAGGGACAUUGUGAGCUCGAAAGGACCCGCUAUGUCUCUGGCAGAGUAACCGCCCCUGAUGUGGAACUCAAUGCCAUUGCGUGUGCAGUGUGCCUUGCUGUCAAGCAGGCAAACUGCCAACAUAUCAUGGCUUUUAGCCUGUCAGUUUGUCGUGCCCUCCAAGAGUGGUUCGAGGUGGAUGAUCUCCGCCACAUCACCUUUGUCUAUGUUCCAUCUGCGUUGCGGUGGGACAUUCAUGAUGAGGCACACAAGUACAUCACCGAACUCAAAGUCAGGGUUGGACGUCGUAAGACGGACAACUCUAUAGAUGCGCUGCGCUCUCGGGCUGCGCACUCAGUCCUGGAUUCGUGGAGUUCCACUUUCCAGGAUCCAACUUACCGAGGCUCUGAAUUUUUGGAGCUUCAACAGCCUGACGGGAGAUCGCUACAGCCAUCAUACCUCAACGGGGGACCUUGGCUUUCAACCUUUGGACACAGUAUCACUGAGUUUGCUCGUGUUUGCCAGUGCAUAACUGGCCACACGCCCAUUGGAGCGUAUUACUGA